GCGCACACGCUGCCACGGUGACGUCACGCCUCAGUCAGUACAUUGCCGUUCUCGAGUGGGGCUGUGUCUUUGUCCGGCAGCAUUUUAAGGGUGAUCUGCUGUGUUUCUGUGUGCCCGUAAGGGCUGUGUUGAUUAUGUGUGGUGCUUAGCACGAAGAGCAGUCAUGUUUCGGUGUAUCCCCAUCUUCAAGGGGUGUAACAGGCAUGUGGAGUACGUGGAUAAGCGACACUGCUCCCUGGGCAGUGUUCCUGACGACAUAAUGCGUUACGCCCGUAGUCUGGAGGAGGUUUUACUCGACGCUAACCACAUCCGCGACCUCCCGAAGAACUUCUUCCGACUUCACAAGCUGCGUCGACUGGGUCUCAGUGACAAUGAAAUCUCGAGGAUCCCUCCAGAUAUCCAGAAUUUUGAAAACCUUGUGGAAUUGGAUGUCUCUAGAAAUGACAUCCCGGAUAUCCCCGACAACAUCAAGAACCUGAAGGCUCUGCAAGUGGCUGAUUUUAGCAGCAACCCUAUUCCUAGACUACCUGGUGGAUUCACCCAGCUGAAGAACCUGACUGUGCUGGGGCUCAACGAUAUGUCACUCACCAACUUGCCCUACGACUUCGGCUGUUUGCUGAACUUACAGUCAUUGGAACUCAGAGAAAAUUUGCUCAAAGGGCUACCUGAAUCAGUUUCACAGCUCACGAAAUUGGAGAGACUCGACAUUGGAGACAAUGAUAUUGAGGAAUUGCCUCCUUACAUAGGUGACUUACCAGCUCUUCAGGAGUUAUGGCUUGAUCACAACCAAAUAUCUCACCUCCCUCCUGAGACUGGCCGCCUCAAGAACCUUUUGUGUCUUGAUGUCAGUGAAAAUCGUUUGGAAGAUGUGCCUGAAGGCCUUGCUGGACUCACAAGCCUCACUGAUCUUCAUCUGUCUCAGAACCUCAUAGAAAGCCUCCCUGAUGGCAUAGGAGCCCUCACCAAGCUCACUAUUUUCAAGGUGGAUCAAAACCGGCUCAUGAUCCUUAACCCCAAUAUUGGCAAGUGUGAGAACCUUCAAGAACUUAUCCUAACUGAAAACCUUCUGACAGAAUUGCCUGAAACUAUAGGAAACCUUACUAAGCUUACAAACCUCAAUGUUGAUCGUAACAGAUUAAAUGAACUUCCACCACAAAUUGGUAAAUUGGUAAAUUUGGGUGUCCUAUCUCUGCGAGACAAUCGACUACAGUAUCUUCCUCCUGAAACUGGCAACUGCCGAGAACUUCAUGUCCUUGAUGUUUCAGGAAACAGGUUGCAGUAUUUGCCGCUGACCAUCACUGCUCUAAACCUUAAGGCUGUGUGGCUUAGUGAAAACCAGGCUCAACCUAUGCUUAAUUUCCAGACUGAGGUUGAUGAGGCUUCAGGUCAAGAGGUUUUAACGUGCUUCUUAUUACCACAGCAAGAAUAUCAACACGAGAGCCUUGAGUACGCCUGUGGUAUGGCUGGUAGCGAGGGCAGGCUGUACCGCACUGGCGACCUGAGCACGGAUAAUUUGACCGCCAUCGGCCCUGCAGCAAGCGAAUGGGCUCCUGAGGAUGAUGAUAGCUGGGAUCCCAAUGAUCCGCCAGAUGAGUCUCGAGUCUCUGUUGUCAAGUUCCGGGAUGAAGAUGACAUCGAGGAUGGAAAAGAGAGUAACUUUGUGCGCCACAAUACUCCACAUCCACGUGACUUGAAGGCUCGUGCAGAAAAACUCUUGGGUAAAAGCUUCAAAACAGCUGAUGGUCCACUUGUUACUGCUGGGGAACUUUCAGACAAAGGAGAAGUCUUCCGUCCUCAUCGAGCCCCUCCAUCACCACCUAUACAAGGACACACAAAACAAGUUGUGAAAGAAGUUUCUGCAGAAGUGGAACUGCGACCAAAGCAUCAUCAGGAAGUGCGUUUAGAUACAGCAGCAACUACAUCACCAGAGACACAAGCUGCAGAAGAUGGUAUUAAUCUCAACAGUGAGGCUGAAAGUGAAAAGCACGUGGGAUUCACUUUGAAGAGUGAAGCUGCUGAAGCUGCAGAAGUUGUAGAGGAGGUUGUAGAGGACCUUGAGCGGCCAACUCGUCUGCAUCGAAGAGACACACCUCAUCACCUCAAGAAUAAGCGUAUAAGUCCAACCACAAAAAAUGCCGACUUGGAGAAAGUUGCUUCUAUUAUCGCUCAGCCACUGCGAAGUGAAUUGCGCAGACAACAGGCAUUGCAGCGUGGAGAGGGCAGUGAAGGAGACAGUAAUCAUGAUCAUGCUGCUUCUGAAUCUGAUGCUGACAGUCGUUCCAUCAUCUCAGACUCUGGUCCCUCAGUUGUUGUUGAGGAGAAGAGAAUGGAUGUGAACGUUGAGCGGACAACUGGCGGCCUUGGUCUUUCUAUAGCAGGAGGGCGGGGAUCAACACCUUACAAGGGAGAUGACGAGGGAAUUUUCAUUUCACGUGUCACUGAUGGUGGACCUGCUUAUCUUGCUGGAUUAAGAGUUGGUGACAAACUUCUUAUGGUAAAUGGGCAUGAUGUUGAAAUCUGUGACCACUAUGAAGCAGUGAACAUCAUGCGUGAGGCAGGAUCUCAGUUAAGGCUUGUAGUUACACGCGAAAUAACAAGAAUUGUUCCAGAAAAGAUAAAUUCCAAAGUAGAGCCUAUUGGUAAUCAUGUGAUGGCUGAAGAAGUAAUAAACACCUGUGCUCCCAGUUCAGCAUUAAUAAAAACUGAUCCUGAGCAGAUACCACCAACAGAGGUAACAUCCAACCAUAUUGAUAUGACUAUCAAUGGUCAUAGUGAUCCAAUUACUGUAAAUGGUGAACAUACAAGUAUAAAUGGAGAUGCUGAACCAAAUGGUGAAAUGGAGCACUAUGACAAAGAGAACUUCCCGACGCAGAUACUGACGGAAACCAUCUAUACAACACUCAUGCGGGACCACAAUGGUUUGGGAUUCAGCAUAGCUGGUGGGAGAGGAGCAGCACAGUUCAAAGAUGGAUCAGAAGCUAUCUACAUAUCCAGAAUAACGGAAGGUGGAGCAGCUGCUAAGGAUGGAAAGUUACGGAUUGGGGAUAGAGUUAUAUCUAUCAAUGGUGUAGAUUUAGAGGGAGCCCGGCAUGAUCAGGCUGUGUCAAUGUUAACUGGACUGGAACGUUUUGUCCGUUUAGUAGUUCAUCGUGAAACAUUAGUGCCUCCUGGUCAGGGUAAUAGUAACAGUUCUAAAGCAUCUCCACGGGUGUUUGGCGCACCUAGACCCUAUACUGGCCUAUACAGUGCAGGUUCUUACAUGGCCAAUCGCCCAAGUUACACGGGUUAUAGACGUGCUCAGCCAGGUGGACGGUUAUCAAGCUCAAAUUUAACAGAUGCCAACCAUAGUGCUCAGGAAAGUCCUGUUGCAUCUCCUGCCACAGCAGCCAAACAGCAGCAACAGCAUCAACUUAGUGAACUCACAGAACCAACAGCAUCAUCAGCAACCCCCACCAGAGCAACCAUCCCAUCUGGCACCACCCAGGUAGCCCAACAUCGACCCCUCACUAAUGAUGAUUUUCAGGCCAUGAUUCCACAGCAUUUUCUGGAGGGUGGUCGGGAACAAGAUCAGGGUAACCCCUCUGUGCAUGUAACCGUCAACUUGCCAGCGGAUCACACCCCCAUGGGUGUGGUUUUUCCACCUCCACCUACCAAAUUAGGAAAGGUCAAAGAGACGAUCACCAAAUCUACCCUCACCGAGACAGUAGUAACACGGAUCACUGACAACAAGCUGGCCCCUGUGGCACUUGUAGUAGAGGAAGUAACGUUAUAUAAAGAUGGGGGACCAUUAGGCUUAAGCAUUAUCGGAGGUUCAGACCAUUUCUGUGUUCCAUUUGGCAUCUCGCCAGAUGACCCAGGAAUAUACAUAUCAAAAAUAACUGCAGGAGGAGCAGCACAUAAAACUGGAAAACUUCGAAUGGGUGAUCGUAUUCUCUCGGUUAAUGGCACAGACAUGUCAGGCGCUUCACAUCAAGAAGCUGUUCUGGCACUUCUUAAUCCUCCUGAUGAAAUCAUACUUUCAAUUCGACAUGAUCCGCAGCCUAAAGGACUCAAGGAAGUAAUCAUCAAGAAGUUAGUCGGUGAAAGACUUGGGAUGAACAUCAAAGGUGGUGUUCAGGGAUCUCCGGGAAACCCCCUCGACAAGUCGGAUGAGGGUGUCUUUAUAUCUAAAAUUAAUUCCAAUGGGGCAGUUCACAGAGAUGGUAGACUGAAGGUUGGUCAAAGAGUGUUAGAAGUAAAUGAACAUUCUUUGCUGGGGAUUACUCAUGAAGAAGCUGUAAAUGUUAUGCGUACUGCGGGUUCCACUAUCAGACUUGUUGUGUGCGAUGGCUACGAUUACCAUUUGGUGCAACAGAUGAAGAACGAGGGACGACUAGGCCACGAGUCACGCAGUACCAGUCAAAGUGUCACUUCUCUUGAUAAAGAGGAUCGUGACAGCCACCCUACACAACAGGAAGGUGUGUCCCCAUUACAUGAUGAAGCACCAGUUGAAGCCUCCAUUAAGCUGUCAAGUUCUACUCAGUCACCAUCACCAAUGCCUUCCCUACCGUCACUUUCCCAGCCUCAACCAUCCCAACCUUCACCACCACAGCCAGUAUCCAGACCUGAGUCCUGUGAUAGGGUUAUCACACCUGAGCCCAAACGGGACUUUAGCUCUAACCUAAGAAGCAACACCCCAGAAACCGACGACGAUGUGGGUCGUGACAUUCCUCUUCCCCCACACCUCUCUGCUCCUGUUGUAUCCGACACACCUAAGGAUAAAUCUGCACCAGAAAUUGUAAUGGAUGUUGUUCGAGUAGCAGAACAGCUCACAUCUCGUCCAUCUUCCCAGAACUCUGCUAUAGUCCCUUCUUCACCGCUUGCACGAAAAACCUCAUCAGAUACUAAAACUACCACAGUUGUUUUGGGAAAGCAUACCUUAGCUCCGCAAACAAGUACACCCAUCGCCUCUGCACGCUCCAGUACCAAUGGUGAUCUGAGCAACUCAGCAUCACCUGUCCCCCCUUCCUUCUCACCUCACACCCCCACACUCCUCCCUAUCUACGCUCUUGAAGGCUCAACGGAAGAUUUGGUGGAUUUACAAGUGUAUGGAUUGCAUCAUACUAACAAAAGACUCAACAGGGUCAAGAUUGAAGAAACCACAAAUGAAGGCCCUAAAAAGAUAUCAUUAAAAGAUCGAAUGAAGUUCUUUGAAGAUGAAAUGAAGAGGGAUAAGAUUGGACCCCCUAAAGAGAACAAGAAGUUCUCUUUCCUGAGCCAAGACGAAGUCGCCAAUAUGAAGGAAGAUGAAGAUCGUCGAGUAGCAGGCAUGACUGCAGAAGAACUGGCUAACCUCUCCCGUUUAGAUGACGUGGAGGAAAUGGCAGACGACUUGGCACAUCAGUUUGGUGUGAAUAGCGAAUAUGAUCAUCGAAAGUACAAUGACUAUGACCUUAAAGAAGGGCUUAGAGAAAUAAUUGAAGAUGACAACUCAAAAAGAUCAAACAAUGAACCAGGCAUAAUUCGAACAGCAAAGGCAGAAAGAAGAGCACAGUCAAGGGAAGGUCAAGUGAAAGAGGAGGAGCAAUUGUCCCCUGCAGACAAACGAAGAGUUGAAGCUGAGAAGAGAGCUGCCUGGAGACAAGCAAGACUUAAAAGUCUUGAGAAUGAUGCUUUGCAAGCCCAGUAUGUCAUAGAAAAAUACAGCGAGCUGUCUGACACAACAAACGAUAACACUAAUAAUGACAACUCAAUUAAUAACUUCAACAUCGUGGAUGAAGAGAAUAACUUGUCCAGCUUGAAACGCAAGUGGUCCAAACUGAUUGUGGUCACCGAGCCAAGUGAGAAGAUCGUUGCAGAGAGGGAUCGUGUCCUGUUUGAGAAAGUGAUGCGCAGAACUGUGCCUGUUUUGGAUCCUGAUACAGGAGAUGUGACUGUACAAACCACGGAGACAAUUGAGCGCAUCAUUGAGCGAGAGGUGGAGACUUGUCGAGAGACUUUAAUGACACUCUCUCUGACUGAUGCAGAGAAUGCUAAUUUAAAUCCAGACAAAACAAUCACCGGUAUGACCACUGGAAUUAGUAUAGAGACUGAGGCAGAUGAACAAGAAACUGGCGUUAUUAUUGAUGAACAGUUUACUAGUGGGGAUAAAGUGGAUGACAGCAGAGGGAGUGUUAAAGAGUAUGCACCAGCUGAUUAUACUGUAGACAUUACUACAAACUCAACAGAUGACCAAAUAAUGGGCGAAAGCAUUAAUCUGUCUACAGCCGACUCUAAUCGACCAGUUUGCACCUCUCUACCUCAAACAGCAGCCUCUUCAGAUGAAAAUGCCAAUAGGUGUUAAAUUCACAGAUGUAUUUAUCAUUUUUGUUUUUGUUUUUUUACUUUAUACCCUUGAGUAAAUAAUGUAAAUGAUUCUGCCAGUUGUCACAAUCUAAGCUUCAGAGAUUUAUACUAUAUAGCUUUCAGCUGUUGUAUGUGUGGAGUUAUCAUAGAUGUAAAUGGAAUUUGGAAAGCAAAAUCAAAGUUGUGGUAAAAUACAUAUCAAAGCAUAUUACUUAAAGAGUAUCAUACCAAGUAUCAUAGAUGCAGAUCUCGAUUGUCAGUAUUUACUGAUGGAAUUGCAUUGUAAAUGAAAUUUACCAGUCUAAUCUGAGAGUCAAGAGUACAUUAUGAAGUAUUUAUUAUUACUAUUGUUAUCUUUUAAAUUGUUGUGUGGCAUAAGUGAAGUUCUAACUUUAGCUUUAACUAUAAUGACCAAGCAUUUAUCUUGUUAUUGCAAAUUUCCUUGUUUAAUUUAAACAUACAGGCCUUAAAUCAGUUACCUAUAAUCCUGCUUUGAAAAUGUCGUUUUACAGCAUUUCGGCAGAUGGACUGUAGAUGCAUUUAUAAUUGGUAAUGAUUGAGCAGGCAUAUUGUUAAUACCAUCUAUUUUUAAAUAGUGAAUAAAAGUUUGCAAAGCUUUAGCCUGUAGCUCUAAAGCAUUGUCAAGCACAUUUUAUUGUUCUGUGAAUGUAAAUGCAAGCUACAAAGUGUGUUCCCAUAUUGUGGAUAUACAAUCUAUAGUUUAUAUUUAACUGUCCAAAUUCGUACAUACAUACAUAUAGAGAUGUAAAUAUUUCAUGAGAUAUAGUUAUAAUAUAGUGUUAGGGACCUCUUAAAUAUGUUUUGUAAGGAUUUUAUAUUGAUCAUUAUCAUGUGAACAUCCAAAGUUGUGUAGUUUGUAUGUGAAAUUAUGAAUGAGUAAAUUUUUAUCAGUUUAAUGACUGUAGUUAUUUUAUAAUUUUAAGUAAAGAGUUUUUUAUGUCACUGUCCUGUGAAGAAAGUGUUUACUGAAAUGUAGAUUUUUUUUAAUUUUUGGACGUCACAGUAUCAGUGCUUUAGGUUAAUUAGAUAACAGAACCUAGUUUGUCAAGAUUUGAACCAUUGACUAAUUUCAGAGUUGACAGUGUUCUUCUCUGUGAUUUAUCAAAAGUUCCCACCUGUGCAGCUUACCUGGAACUGUGAAUGGGCCAUGUUCAUACAAAUGAUCAUAACCUUUUUUGUAAAUAAAGUGUUAUGCAUACUUUUA